AUGAUGUUUUUCAACGACUUGAUUAAACGGAGACUUUCAACUCUUCUACAGCCAUGGCUGAGAGAAAGCCCGGAACUGGAAUUCAAACUUGGGUUAUUCCGUUCCAACGCCACCCUAAAUAAUAUUAGUUUCAAAACGUCUGCAUUGAAUGAAUUAGUUGAUGACCCCUCUCGAAUUUGCUUUAAAGAAGUCACCGUCGAACAUCUGAGUCUGCAGAUUGCCCCAUGUUCUUCGGCUGCUUUUAGUCUCCGUAUUCACGGCCUCUAUAUAACUCUCUCACUCGGGGAAGAGGACGACGAGGAGGGGGUGCCGUGGAGGCUGAAGCCCAGGGACACCACGAUGGAGGAAAAGAACAAGGUUCUUGCUGAAAUUGAUCCCGAGGGUUGUGCUUUGCAUGAUGCCAUAAAAAGGAUUUCGGACAUUGCCCCCAAUACUCGGACAAUUUCUUUAUUGAAUACAAUACUAAGUAACUGUCAUUUGCAGUUGCAUGAUGUUCAUGUGCUCUUGCAAUGUCCUGGUUCAAAUGGUUUGAUCUCAUGCUCAUUGUAUGCAAAAGAACUUGGAGCAGGAUCAGGGUUUGUAGUGAACAGAAGUUUUCUAAGAGGGUUCAUGAGUUCACUUUUUGUGCCUUCUGAAGAGAGCUCAUUCGAUGUGUGUAUUGAUGGUUUUGAGAUUAGAGUGAACAAUGGAAACCGCACAAGCUGCGUUUUACCUUCGACCAAUAUGAAUGCUUUAAUUUAUUUGAAGUAUCUCCUGUUUGUAAGCUUUAAAUUUUGUGUUCCAUCUUUAGAACUUUUUUUUUCUCCAGCUGAUAUUUCUGUCAUGCUAGUUUUUUAUUCAUUAUUGUCCAAAGAGUCAAAACGUGCAAGAACUGGUUUGCAACUAUGGAAUAUAGCAUCAAGCAAAAUUAGAUCUUUGCUUCCAACUUUUACCUCGUCAUUGCUUAAAGCAACUAAAGUUGCUUGUUUAUGGUUGCGUUAUGUACAUACUUAUCAGGGUAUGCUUAAACUAGUUGGAUAUCCUGUGGAGGAUGUCAUGAAAAAAUCAACCAUCUCAAUGUCCCGGGACAAAAAAUAUACAAGAUCCGUUAAGGUCCAGUGGAAACUGAUUUCUGAAAUUGAGAAAGAGCUGCCCACUGAGGUAAUUGCAUUGGCACGGCGAAUGGUUCGUUCUACAGUGGCUUCUCACCGUUCUGGGGCAAACUGCAGUUCUAAAGAGUCCUUAAUCAAUAGAAUUUUCUUGAAGUUGCAUCAAGUACUUGUCCUUAUCUGGGCCACUAUAUGCAGUUUGUUGAGUAUUGUUACUAGGAAUCUUUCUUUGCUCAAUGGUUGGCCUAAUCAUUCGAAGAGUAGUCAGCAUUUUGGCCCUGCUUGCAAAGAUUCACUCACACAAUGUUAUAUGGAUCUUAACAUUGGAGAAAUUUCAAUAUCCGUUACUCCAGAAAAUGAUGAUCAGCAUACUAUCAGCUGGAAGGCAGUCUCAGAUAUUGGGUUUUUGUACCAAGAUUUACUAUCAUUUCAUCUUUCUAUUGAUGCGUGCUUCUUAAGAUACGUAGAAAAUGUCUCAGAGAAGUGUUUUGUUUUCGCAUGUGGUUGCUGGAAGGUUCUUUCUUUCUCUAUUCUGAAAGGAAGUCCAAAGAGAUAUUCAAAGUACUUAAAAGGACGUGGCAAGAAGAAAGUUAAUGAUCAGCAGACUGUCAUAUGGGGUGAGCCAGCCAAAAUGAUAUGCCCUUCUGAAGCUACAGGAGAUAACCUCACCAAUGAUAUUGGAGGAACUUCAAUCCCCUAUCUAGACCUUCUUCUAGGAAAAUUAUGGUUGAAUUGGAAAGACUCUUGUUCAAACUCUGAAGGAUAUAUCAUCCCAAAGUUGCAAACUCCGUGGAUUCUUUGUGAGGUAAGGAGCUCUUUGACAGAUGACAGCAUCAGUGAUCUUAAUUAUGGGUUUUGGAACUGUGUUAUGGUGGUAGGAAGAUUAAACUUCAACCUGGAAUACUCGUUGGUAGCUUCAAUUGCUGUGCUUCUCAGUCAAAUACAACACUCUCUUUGCUGGGAUGAUAGAAGCAGGAGGAAUUUUGUUUCUCAUACACCAACAGCUAUCACCGAGGAUCCAUCAAGGGAUCUCAGGAGUAAAUACAGUUCAUACUAUGGCAACAUUGAGACGAUCAUUAUGAGAAUGCUACCACAAAAGCAUAUUCAAAUCGGAGUACUAAUUGCUGGUCCUCAUGUGCAACUACCUCUGGCACAGGAUCAGUUUUAUGUAGAAAAUGAAGAGCCAGGUCAUCUAAUUAAACAGGCCACUUUGAAUCUCCACGAUAUUGAACUUGUGUUUUCACCAAAUUUGGAUUCCAAUCUUGCAUCAUCUGGUGCGUGCUCAGCAGGUAAUGAUAGGGAACCGGAGUACACUAUACUGAAGGUACCUGACGAUAUUGACAUCAUUGGAUCAGUUAAUGAAAUUUACAGCUGUCAAGGACGUAUUUUAUACAACGCUCACCUAAAAGUCAAUGGUUUGAAGGCUUACUUUGAGGAAUCCUCUGAAAGUAAGAAGUACCACAUAUUUGAAUUAAGCCCAACAACUAUUCAACUUCAAGGUUUAAGGAAGGAGCAUCAUUCAUUUGGUUCAACAAUGAUUGCUCUCUCUGCAGCCUCACAUUGGAUGGCUACUGGAUUCACUACUUUGAUAUUUAUGGAUGAGCUGUAUAUUUUGACAAAGGUGAUUUCUGGAUUAUAUUAUGAUCUGUCUCGUGCCUUUGCCAUGCUUGCAUCCAGUGAUGACCUAAGCUAUCAAGAAGUAUCAAGACAAGAGACAUUUUAUGCUGAUUCUGAGAGUGAGGAAACAAUCAUGGCUAGAGGACUGACAUCACUGAUGUCUGUCAAUAACACCUGUGAGCUUAAGUCCUUCGACAUAGUUAUUCAUAACUCCAGAAAAUGCUAUAGCAUGGAGAAUAGCUCCAGAGGAACUGGAACAAAGUUGUCCAUGUGUGAAAUGCCCAGUCAUGGAAUUUUCAUAUCUGGUCCGAAGUUAUUCAUGGAUGUAUCUUUUAGAGGAGGAAACAUGGAUAUUAUAAUUGAUUUAUCUGGAUUUCGAUCUAUGAUUUUCAGAUAUCCUGCUGAGUUUGAAGAAAGCGUCCAUAAAUCUGAAAUCAACAAUCUGUUGCGCUCUCUAAAUUUCUUAAUUGAAGCAUCAAUUUCUCAUAUCCAAUUGUGUUUCUUCUUGAGAACCCUUAAGAAAGACUUGCCACAUGCGAGUUUGAGCACAGCAAUAGAUGAACCUAAUUCUAACAGUAAUGCUUUGUGCAUGUUGGGGCAUUCUCCUAUGGUUACGAAUACUGAACAGCUUGGAGAUCAUCCUGUACUUGCAACUAUUGCUCUUUCUGAAAUUUAUGUGUCUAGCUGCCCAGUAAAGGAUAUAUUGGCUAGAGAACACAAGCCAAAUAAACUGAACGCAUCUUUCUCUGUUGGGGAAGAAUUCCAGACAAUCUCUUGUGAUUCCGAGGGUGGUUUUUUGUUACUUGAAGCCACAUCUGCAACUAUGUUUGCUGAAUGCUGUAAAUCGUACUACAACCGAAUUUUUGAUCUUUGGCCUUCUGGUUCAUCCCCAGGAAGGGUAGUUCCACAGUAUAGUGAGGAUAAGACUGUUCUAGAUGUGCGCUCAAGUAUGAAUUCACGGCAACUUCAGCAUGUAACACAGGAUCAUUUGGAAGAAUUUUCCUUGAAUAUUUCACAUUUGUUUCUCAUAUUUGUGUCCAAUGAUGAAUCUGGCAGACUUCAGGAACUUCUGCUUGAGUACAUACAUGUGACAGGACAGAAACCCAGGGAUAUUCAAAUUCAUGGCUUUUCUCCUGGCACGCUUGAUGAUCCAUCCCCCAACUUGAUAUCCGACAGUUUACCAGUGCUUGAGCAGAAAGUUACAGUUCACUCUGUUCUUGCUGAUACGAGUCACUCAAGUCCUUCUUCCUCUCAGAAUGAUAUUCGUAUUGGUAGUUCUGGGGGAUCACUUAUUAGUGACUUUGAACAAAAAAAUGUGCACUUGAGUUCUCAAAACUACAUACUGAAAGAAUUUCAGUCCUUCCUAGCAGCUGAGUGGCCCGUAUCGGGAGAUCAAUUCUGUCCUAAUAAACUUUGGGUUGGGAGUGGUUCUAUAUCAGGUUUUGAUUUGACCAUCUCUCUGACUGAAAUAAAGAUCAUAAUUUCUGCUUUCGAAUGUUUCUCUGAGGUUUUUAUCGGAGAGAAAACUUCCAAAGUGGAACAGAGGCACUGGUCUAGUGACCAAGAUUCUGAAGGAAGUGCUGAAGAAAUGGUUGCUGAUGGAACAAUUGUUGCAAUCCAAGAUGUUGACCAACACAUGUAUAUUGCAGUUGAAGAUGUUGAAAGUAGAUAUGGUAUAAUUGGUGCGACUCAUUAUUCGCUAGUGGGAGAGAGAUCCCUUUUCAGAGUGAAGUAUUAUAAUGCAAGGAGAUGGAAGUCACGAGUUCAGUAUUUUUCAUUGAUUUCAUUAUAUGCUAAAGAUAAUUCUGGGGAAUCAUUGCGAUUGAAUUGCCGUCCAAGACAGGGUUUUGUUGACAUCUCCUCUUCUAAUGAUAGUGGGUGUGCACUUUGGGCAGCACUUCCUUAUAGACCUGACCACUAUGGGGAUGAUGUCGAGCUGGAAUCUUUUCAUCCUCUGGUUAGAAGUACAUUUCACCUUGUGAACAAAAAAAAUGAUUAUGCUGUGGCUUUUAUUGAUGGCGUCCUUGAAUUUGUCUGCAAGCCAGGAAAUUUGUUUAAGUGGAAAGUGUUUUGUGACCCUUCUCCAGCGAGUAAUAGUUUGUUGCCAAUUCGAUAUUUAGGGACCGGAUCUGGAACUAAUCUACAAUAUGAUUCAAAUGCAAACAACACUAGAGAGUUAAGGGAAAAUGGGAACCUUUCUGGUAUUACAAUUACAAUAGACAAGAUCUCAAACACAAAAGUGAGGGUCAUGAACACAAUAGGAGUAGUGUUGUAUUACUUUGAUGCCCAGCGAAGCUCAUGGAGGGAGUUUCUUCAUCCACUUGAAAUCUGCAGUUUCUACACUUCAAAGUUUCUUAUUCCUGGAUCAGACAAUGUUUUGCAGAGAGUACAAAGUCAUUUCUAUGCUAGAAUUAAAGAGGCAAUCGUAUCAAUGAAUGAGCUUUCGUUGGACAUCAUUCUGUUUGUGAUUGGAAAAUUGAAUUUGGCUGGCCCUUAUGCCGUAAGGAGCUCUGUAGUUUUGGCCAACUGUUGCAAGGUCGAAAACCAGUCAGGUUUAACCCUACUUUGCCAGUUUUAUGACAAUCAAGAGGUGUCAGUAUCUUCAAGACAGUCAACAACAAUUUUCUUAAGGCACUUAGCUUUGGCGAAUCAACAUCCAGAAGCAUCUUUGUUCUCAGUACAACUUUCACAGCGAGGCUUCCUUUCAACUUCUCCAAUCCACCUUUCACUUUUAGAAGCUCAAAAAUUUGCUUGGAGAACACGUAUUGUGUCAUCACAAGAUUCAAAGUCUUUCCCUGGUCCAUUUAUUGUGGUCGAAAUUUCAAGGGAAAUUGAGGAUGGCUUGUCAAUUUCUGUCUCUCCUCUAUUGAAAAUACACAAUGAUACUGAUUUCUCUUUGGAGCUGCGUUUUCAAAGGCCUCAGCACAAGGAAACUGACUCUGCUACUCUGGUGCUAAAAGCUGGAGAUGUGCUCGAUGAUUCCAUGGCAGCAUUUGGUGCCACUGAUUUGUCUGGUGGAUCAAGAAAGGCAUUGACGUCUUUGAGUGUUGGAAAUUUCGUAUUCUCUUUUAGACCUGAUAUUGCCACCAGUAUGAAAAAUUUUAAGAAUGAAACAGUGGAAUGGUCUGAUGAACUUAAGGGUGGAAAACCUGUAAGUCUAUCUGGGGUAUUUGAUAAAUUGAGUUACAGGGUGAGGAAGGCAUUUUAUGUUGAGUCAGAGAAGUCUUCCCUGAGCACUGCACAUUGUGCUCUCAAAUCUGAAGGAGGUCAUAUUUCUGAGAUACAUUUUCUGAUACAAAGCGUCAGGAAGGAUGUACCUGUUAUAUGUCCAGAUAACUUUGGAUAUGCUCCUGUAAAUAAAAAUCUUCCAGUUGCCCUGCAAGAACAGAAGGAAAUUUUUCUUCUUCCUACAAUUAAGGUCUCCAAUUUAUUAUACACAGAAAUACAUGUGAAUUUGACUGAUGGAGAUCCACUUGCUACUAUGGAUCAUGGCUACUCGUGGAGUUGCGCAACUAUUCCUAGUGGAUCAACUGUUAACUUAUAUGCUAACCCGGCCACCAUAUACUUCACUGUCACUUUAACUUCCUUUGGUUCAAGUUGCAAACCAGUCAAUAGUAAAGACUGGGUGAGGAAAUUACAGAAACAAAAAAGUGAUGUCUACCAUUUGGACAUCGAGUUGGACUUUGGUAGUGGGAAGUAUUUUGCUAGUUUGAGAUUGUCUCGUGGGCAUAGAGGCGUAUUAGAGGCUGCUAUCUUUACUACAUACACAUUGGAAAAUGGUACAGAUACACCUUUGUUUUGCUUUUCUGCUAAUCAGAAGCCUGUGGUUAGGUAUGAGGUAGAGAUGGCUUCCAAUAUACCUCCCGAACUGGGGUUGUAUUUGCCUCCAAAAUCAAUCAAAUCAUGGUUCAUGAAGCGCCACCAAGUGUGCCUCAAAUUGUUAGAAGAGAAAGCAUCAGAGGCACAAUUGGACUUGGAUUCUUUAUCUGGACUUGCAGAGAUUGACCUAGAAGUAGAAGAAAAUUUUGGGUUGAAAAAUAUUAUGCGGUUGGGGGUGUCUUUAAGGCCAUCUGUUUCCAAAGUAUUCUCAACACAAUUGGUGUCAUUGAACCCACGAUAUGUUUUAUCAAAUGAAUCCGAAGAAGCAAUCACCAUUCGACAAUGUUAUUUGGAGGAUGAUAUGGAAGGGUUAAUUGCUAUCGACAGCAAAGAGAGGAUAGCAUUGAGGCUAAAGGGUGGGUCGGGAAGGAAGAGAGAAACCAAUGUUAUUAAUAGCCUUCUCAGAAAGCAUACAAAAUCUCGAGAUGAUACGUUGCUUUUCAUUCAGUUCCGACUUACUGAAACUGGAUUAGGUUGGUCAGGGCCAGUAUGCUUGGCUUCAUUUGGACGGUUUUUUCUGAAAUUUAGAAGAUCCUCAGAAUGUUCUGAAGGGCGAUCAGAGACGUGCAAACAAAAUUUAUAUGAAUUUGCAGUCGUUAAUGUGGUAGAGGGAGGGCCUAGCAUCAUUUUACACUUCCAAAGGUCUCCAACAACUAACCUCCCUUAUCGGAUUGAGAACUCUCUACGCGAUGCUCCUAUAACUUUCUAUCAGAAGGGUUCAUCAGAACCAGAGAUUUUGGGAGCUGGACACUAUGUCAAUUAUGUCUGGGAUGACUUGACUCUUCCUCAUACUCUAGUUGUUCAAGUUGAUGAUUUGCACAUGUUGUGUGAAAUCAACUUGGAUAAGGUGCGUGCCUGGAAACCACUUUAUCGGACCAAGCAGAACCGAGGUUUGGGAUUUCAUUUACCUGUGGAUAAGAAGCCUGAAGAUCAGAAAAGGACUACUUACAGUAAAUUAAUUGGCAUGGAGACUGCAAAGUUGGGUUAUGAAGUAUAUGCAGAUGGUGUCACACGAGUUUUGAGAAUUUGUGAGUUCUCUGAUAGUCAAAAGGUGGAUGCUGUGUUCCACACCGGUACAAAAAUGAGGCUGAGAAUCUCAUAUUUUGCAAUUCACUUGCUAGGACAUGCAAAGCAGGAGAUGGAUCUGGGUGAGCCAGCCAACUAUUCACCUAUAAUUACUACCAGGCUUGAUAACAUCAACUGGGAUUCUAUGUUCACUGACCGGUAUAAAUAUAAUCAAAUCAGAGUAAAGUCAUUGACUGUUGAUGAAAAGUGGGAUGGAGCUCCCUUUGCAGCAAUGCUUCGCAGGCACCAAUCAGAAAAUUCUGACUCAAAUGAAUGCAUCCUUCGUGUUAUAAUUGUUUUAGUUUCAUCCAAUUCUCACAUUAAACAAGUGAAAUACUUGUCCAUUGUUCUGCAGCCACUUGACCUGAAACUUGAUGAGGAGACACUAAUGAAAAUUGUUCCAUUUUGGAGAACAUCUCUAAGUGAUUCGAAUACCCCCAGUCAACAGUAUUACUUUGAUCAUUUUGAGAUCCACCCGAUAAAGGUCGUGGGGAGCUUUCUUCCUGGGGACUCAUAUUCCAGCUACAGCUCAACCCAGGAGACUUUGAGGUCUUUACUCCACAGUGUGAUUAAGGUUCCUGCCAUUAAAAGUAUGACUGUUGAGCUUAAUGGGGUCCUUGUCACGCAUGCUUUGAUAACCUUACGCGAAUUAACUAUAAAAUGUGCACAGCAUUAUUCAUGGUAUGCCAUGAGAGCUAUGUAUAUUGCAAAGGGAAGCCCAUUGCUUCCACCAUCUUUUACUUCUAUAUUCGAUGAUCUAGCAUCAUCUUCUCUUGAUGUUUUUUUUGAUCCUUCGAGUGGCUUGCCCAAUCUUCCUGGCGUUACCAUAGGUACGCUCAAGCUCAUCAGUAAAUUCGUGAAUGACAAAGGUUUUUCUGGAACAAAGCGAUAUUUUGGUGACCUUGGAAAAACUUUGAAAAUGGCAGGAUCCAAUAUAAUAUUUGCUGCAGUAACUGAAAUAUCGGACUCUGUUCUUAAGGGGGCAGAGACAAAUGGUUUCCAUGGAAUGGCGACUGGUUUCCGCCAUGGAAUUCUUAAGUUGGCAAUGGAGCCAUCACUACUGGGUAGUGCUUUCAUGGAAGGUGGUCCAGAUCGGAAAAUUAAACUCGACUGCAGUCCUGGAGUUGAUGAGUUAUACAUUGAGGGAUACCUGCAAGCUAUGUUAGAUGCAAUGUAUAAACAAGAAUACCUUAGGGUGAGAGUAAUUGAAAACCAGGUAGUUCUCAAAAACCUGCCUCCAAACAGUGCUCUUAUAGAAGAGAUAACAGAACGUGUAAAGAGCUUUCUUGUAAGUAAAGGGUUGUUGAAGGGAGAGUCUUCAAAAGCUUUGCAUUCUCUGCGGCAUAUACGAGGCGAAAAUGAAUGGAGAAUUGGACCGACGGUUCUGACUUUGUGUGAGCAUCUCUUUGUGAGUUUCGUAAUUCGUAUGUUGAGAAAGCAAGCUGGCAAGGUCAUUGCCAACAUAAAAUGGAAGGAAAAAUUGAAGGUAGACGACGCGCAAGCUACUGUCCCGGCAUCCAGUGCUGAAGAACCAAAGGUUAAGAUCGUGUGGAAAUGGGGAAUUGGGAAGUUUGUGUUGUCCGGUAUAGUUGCAUAUAUCGAUGGACGUUUGUGUCGCAAUAUACCGAAUCCUGUAGCAAGAAGGAUCGUUAGCGGUUUUUUAUUAAGUUUUCUUGAUAAAAAUGAUGAAUAG